UCUUCCUCCACUCCGCCGGAUGUCGCUGUCACGUGAUCGCCGGACCGGAAGUUUAGGUUGCUCCGAACAGCUGGGGGCCUGGUGACCGGAGGAGCCAUGGAGAUCGGGACCGAGAUCAGCCGAAAGAUCCGGACGGCGAUAAAGGGGAAGCUGCAGGAGCUGGGAGCGUAUGUUGAUGAGGAGCUCCCGGAUUACAUCAUGGUGAUGGUAGCAAAUAAGAAGAGUCAGGAGCAGAUGACUGAUGACCUCUCGCUCUUCCUCGGGAAUAACACCAUACGCUUCACCACAUGGUUGCAGGGUGUGCUGGAUAAGCUACGUGCCGUCACUCCAGGAUCCAACAGCCUGAAAGCCUCAGAGGCCAUCAUCUUCAAUAGUAGCAUGCCACCCCUGAAGAGCCAGGGCAGAGAGGAUUCUGGGAGAGAGCCUCAGCCACAGCGGCAAGAGAUGUUCCACAGCGUGGUGCCCAGCAGCUCUCAAGUACAGCGCGGCUCUGACAGAGCGUCUACUGAUGCCGCCAUAGCCGCUCGCCUGACAUCCGCAGUGAAACCCCUCCAGGACUUGUCCCCCUCGGAGGACAUCAUUGACAUUAAACUGGACAUGGACGACGCCUUCAAUGAGGACUUGAGCUUCAGCUCAGAAAGUUCCAUACAUCCCAGGAAGAAGCCGAUCUCUCUCAUCAGAACGCAGAGACCUACAGCUCAGGUAUACAGGCCUCCAGGAAGCGCACAACGCCUGGAGGAACGCAGCGCCAUACACAGACCAACCCAGGGCGAGCCCAUUCCGGUCAGACAGUCAAGCUUCCAUAGCAACAGAACAGUUGACACCCAACCGUAUGAACUGCAAGAGGUCUUCCAAGCAGAGGAGACCUUCAGACCUGCAAUAGCCAUAGACAGAGCUUUACCACAGUUAGAUGUGUCCCGGAAGAGGAAGAUCCCUGUUGCCAGUUCGGUGGUGAAGGUGAAGAGAUUUUUGGAGCAGUUUGAGGAGGAGGAAGAGGAGGAGGAGGAGGAAGAGGAAGAUUACAUCACUCGAGCGACUGCUUUACCCAGCAGUGUGUCUAUUCCUUCCAGACCGGAGAGGAGGCCUACUCUCCCGCCAUCGAAACAAGCCAACAAGAACCUCAUCCUGAAGGCCAUAUCUGAAGCUCAGGCAUCUAUUACCAAAACCACCAAUUACUCUACAGCUCCCCCAAAGCAGAUGGUUCCCGUGGCUCCACGAUCUCGUCCGCUCCCCGAAGAGGACCUGAUCCUGAUGAAGAGUCGAGCCUCCGUGUUCCGCUUUCAGGAGGAGCCGGAGGAAGUGCCGGACAUCAGGCAAGGAAAAUCGGCAGGAAGUAUCGGGGUUCACUGCAACGCACAAGUGGAACAGCGUAGAAUGGACAUCCUAUCCAGAUUGCAGCCAGAACCAGUGGAGAUGUCCAACACCUGGGGACAAGUCAAUGAGCGUAGACUGGACAUCCUCUCCAGAUUGCACCCAGAGCCAGUGGAGGAGACCACAACCUGGGCACAAGAUGCUGAAGGAACAGAAAGUUUUCGGGCCAUGGACAGCCGGUCCUUCAUCCUGAAAAGUCCAAAAGUAUCCAAGACAUCCCCCAUGCCAACUGCUCCCAUGCAAACUCCUCCUCCUAUGCAGACUCCUCCUAUGCAGACUCCUCCUAUGCAGACUCCUCCCACAGUUGACAGUCCACAGCCGUUUGGAAGAAUUACACAGCCCAGAGAGAAUCCAAUUUUUGAAAAGCCAGCAAGUCCCAAGUUUAUUGUGACUCUGGAUGGGGUCCCGAGCCCCCGUGCUUACCACUCUGAAGAAGAGAUGGAGAUGGAGGUGGAGCCGAUGGACUACACAGAGGAAGGUCUGUACGCUGAACCUCAAAACCUGCUUGGCAGGGCUGAGCAAAGUCCUCUCAUGCAUCCGAAUUCCCAGGAUGUGCGCACUUCUAAUGAUGCUGCUGUUCCUGGAAAGGCAAAGAUCCACGAGCGCUGCAAGUAUUGGCCAGCCUGCAAGAAUGCAGAGCACUGCGCCUAUCACCACCCAACUACUGUAUGCAAGGCUUUCCCCAAGUGCCGCUUUGCUGAUAAAUGCUUUUUCAUUCACCCCAACUGCAAAUUCGAUGCCAAGUGUACCAAAGCAGACUGUCCUUACACCCACGCCAGCAGACGGUUACAGCCACCUCCUGCGACAAAACAAGAACCGACUGCCAAGAGCCACGUAAAGGUUCAGUGCCGUUUCUUUCCUUCAUGCAAAAACACAGAGUGCCCAUUUUUUCACCCCAAGCACUGCAGAUUCAGCAGUCAUUGUACGCGGGUAGACUGUGAAUUUUACCACCCCAAAACCGUUGUUCCUCCCCGACAUGCCUUAACCUGGAGACGUGCACAAGCCAGCAGUGAUUGAUGUUACCGGACUAUAGGACCCCUCCACACUGGAAGCUGUGAGAUUUGCCCGCUGUCCCUCCACCAGCAAAGCCGUCCUGAACUGCGAUGGUCACAUUUUGUUCCUUUUUUUUUUUUUUUUUUUUAUUUAUAUUUGAGAAAGCAAGACUCGGCUUUGUUACCUGUGAAGGUUUUUGGGGUGUGAUUUGCUUUUAUAUGAACUCUUUGUGUACAUGAUCACCUUGACACAUUUUAAUUGUUUUGCAAGAAGCCGUGCUUUUGGUUUUUGCACAAAUAUAAUAUUUUUCAUUUCUAA